CCUCUUCCCACUUUCCUGAUAACCCGGAAAACGACUCCUCCCCUUCCCUGCCAUUUGGGUUGUGUAUCCGGUUUGGGAAGGAUAGGGCAGCAGCCAAAGCAGCCGCCACCGUCUUCGGCUGUUCUUCGGUUGUGCCGCCGUCCAUGUGCGACCCCCGAGAGCUACGUGGCCGAGCCGCCGGUGCCAACGGCCGCCGACGCCAACGGCCUAAACCGAACUUGCCAUCUGUAACAGAUGAGUUCACAACAGAUAACUGUUCACCAAAAUCUGGCACAAACAGAUCGCAUCAGACAAUGCCAGCAGAAGCAUCUCCAGAUUCUAAAUGUCCAAUCUGCCUGGACAAGUUUGAAAAUGUGGCCUACUUGGAUCGCUGUUGGCACAGAUUCUGCUUCCGGUGUGUGCUGGAGUGGUCCAAAAACAAAGCAGAAUGCCCACUCUGUAAACAGCCCUUUCACUCCAUUGUGCACAGCAUGAGAUCUGAAGAUGACUUUAAGGUGUAUACUGUUAGGCCUUCAGAAGCAGAAUCUUUUGCUAACCCUAAUGGGAGGCGAUUCCGUUACCGGACUACGUUAACAAGGGAACGUCGUGCAUCUGUUAAUCCCCGAAGGAGUUCCUCCUCUCGAAGGACAGUGUCUCCUCCAGAUAGUGGGAUCUUGUUUGAAGGGUUGUCAACUCAGACAACAAGGCAGAGAGAUGCAGAAAUGUAUCAGAUGAUCAGACGGCUUGCAUCAAGGCGACAAGCUAGUUUGGAGGGCAGAUCUAUGCGACAAAUUCAAGAGCAAGAGAUCAUUAUCUUUCGAAGAGCUCUGUAUCGCUCUGGUAUGCGUGUGAGGAACAUCGAAGAUGGAGGGCGUUACAGGGACAUAUCAGCUGAAUUUUUCCGCAGGAAUCCUGCCUGCCUUCAUAGACUGGUUCCGUGGUUAAAACGUGAACUCACAGUCCUGUUUGGUGCUCAUGGAUCUCUAGUUAAUAUUGUGCAACAUAUAAUAAUGAGCAACGUAACCAGGUAUGAUCUAGAGAGCCAGGCAUUUGCUGAUGAUUUAAAACCUUUCCUACUCCAUCGCACAGAGCACUUCCUACAUGAGUUUAUCAACUUUGCCAGAUGUCCUUUUAACAUAGAAGCGUAUGACCAGCAUGCAAAUUAUGAUUGUCCUGCUCCGUCGUAUGAAGAAGGAAGCCGCUCUGAGUCCUCUAUUAUCACAAUCUCUCCUGAUGAGACUGAUAGCCAAGCACUAGAAUGUAAUGCUUUCAGAAAUGGUAUAGGUCAGGCACCCUGGGAUGAUGAAACACCUGGCCCAUCUUAUUCCAGCUCAGAGCAAAUUCAUGCUGCCAUAUCUACUGCUUUAGACACCUCUGAAAGCUCUGAUGAAGAGCCUUCUGCAAGCAUAACUGGGUUGCAGACACCAUUACCAGCAAGUGUAGAGAUGAAUGGUGACAGCUGUGAUUCUUCUGACAACUGUGUUAUUGUUGGCUAUGUGAAGCCAUUAGCUGAGAGAACACCUGAGCUUGUUGAGCUGUCGUCAGACUCUGAGGAUUCCGUUGAUGAUGGGAAAAAUGACCGUGUGCAGACAGUGCAGCCUAUCCAAUACCACAGCUUUAGUGAUACUGAUGCCAGUGGGUAUGCAUCACCAUUCUCUGUUGGGUCUAGAGAUGGUAGUGCCAGUAAUAAGAACAAUGUAUCUCUCUCCAGUAGAAAAAGAAAACCCAAGAGGAGUGAAAAAGACAAAGAUAAAUUAAGAGAAGCGUCCUGGUUACAAAGCUCUCCUUCAAAAGAAGACUGUUCCGACUACAGUUUAUCCAAACGGAGGAGAUCUGAAUCGUAUGUGCAGCGUUCUCAUAGGGAGCGCCAUAGUUUGAAAAGCAAGCGGAAGCAUCGUAGCAUGGAAAAAGGGAAAAGGAAAAGAGGCUGCAGCAGACAUAAGCACAAAAAAGAUAAGAAGAGGUCAAGAACCAGAGACAAGAGUCCAUCCCGAAAGAGCCAGACUCUUUCUCUGAGUAGUGAGAGCGUUGAAUCUAGAGAUCUAAGCAGGUCACGAUCUCGAAGUAGAGAGUACAGCAGACCUUCCAAGAGCAAAGGUAGCGAUUAUUACUUGAGAGACAGUUACCAAAGCAAAUAUAGAUGGGAAUAUACCUUCUACAGUCGAAAUACAAUCAGAGAUGGCUACGAAUCUUCACAUAGGAGGCGGACUCAGGUCAGAGCAGAGUAUUCCCGGCAGUCUGCCAGCCCAGAUUACAGAAUGCAGUCCUUUUCUGAACGAACAAAUAGCCGAUAUCCCAGAGGUCAUACAGAAAGUAGGUAUUACUAUUAUGAAAGACGGAGAUCAAGAAGCCGAUCCAGCAGCAGAUCGAGAACUCCCCCCAGGGGUCCUGAUAGAGGGCGUUCUGAAAAGCCGAGCGGGAAAAGGAAAUACAAAACACGCCACUUGGAGAGUGCUCAGAGAGGAGGCGGGGAAACCUCUCCCACAAAAGAAAGUAGCACUCUGGAGAAAUCUUCGCCAGGGUACCCGGCCGUUUACCAAAAGGCAGCUAGCUUUGCAGACAUGCAAGCUCAAGCUGAGACUCCACAAGAAAAGAGGAAAAAACGGUCAAGAAGCCCAAGCAUUGAGAUUAUUUAUGAAAGGAAAAUUACUGAUGUAAUAAGGUGUCAUAAAAAGAAACAGAAAAGAAUUAAGAAACCUCAUAAAAAUCCUGCCAGUUCCUCUCCAUUAUCUUCUCCUGUUGUAAUUACAAUUGACAGUGAUAGUGAUAGAGACAGUGAAAUCCAAGAGAAUACAGACUCUGAUAGUAGCAUUUCCUGGACUCGUACAAUUCAGCAGAAUGACAGAAUGAUGGAGGCUCCUCCAUCAUCCUUGGAGGCUAGAGACUGUAGUUACGAGAGACCUGGUGGUGGAGCAGAAAGUCUAGACAAAGAGGGCGGCGUUCCUUCCAGGGAGAAAGGUGCAAGUGAGACUCCAAACACAGCUUUCCAGAUGCAAGGAACUGUCAGCAGGGACACAGCUACUGUGACUGUCAGCAGCACUGCAUUUGUCGCAGAAAGUCAAACUCGCAUCAUAGAAACUGAACCUUUCAGCCAGUUGCGAACUGCCAGAACAUCUUUGUUGUUAGGUCUGUCAAAAAUAAUUCGUGAGAAUUCACAUCAGCUACAUUCACCAGAGCAGAAUGUGUAACUUUUAAAACUUUUUUUUAAGAAAUAGAUUUUUCCCUGCCAAGGAGACUUUUCCAAAAGGCAACAAAGUAUCUUGUUGUUCUGGUGCAAAAAUGUCACAAAAUUACUUUAGUGUAAAAAGUGUUGAAUUUUUAAAUUUUAGGAAGCUCAAGAAUCAAUUGCUGAUUUCUGAUGUCCCCUUUUCUUCAAAGUGUCUGCUAAAUGUUUCCUGUGUCACAAAAAUGUAUUGAGUUUUCUUUUUGUAAUAUAGAUUGUCAGAGUUUUUUUUUUUAAAAAAAUACAGAAUUUUGAUGCUUGCUUUUUAAUUUGUGAAAAGUAAAAGAAAUGAUUCAGGUUUAAUUUUGUCAUAUCCUUGAUUUGUAUCUUUCGAGUUGCUCUGAGUAGGAACUUUUUUCCUCCUCUGGUGCCAAUGAUUUUACAUUUGAAUUCAGAAACAAUUUAAUCUCUGUCCCUGCUUCCUCUCCCUCCUGUUUUGUUUGUUUCACACCUUCACCUCCGGAAUGUACUUUUUUUAAUGCUCUGUGUUCUGCUUUAUAUUUAAUGUUAAUGCGGACUGCCAUUUAAGUAAGUCUUUCACAGACUCAGAAUAAAAACUUUCUUGAAAUCUUUA